UUAUCUUCACUGCUCUGUGUUGCUGCUGUCGGGAAACUGGGUGUGUGAUCCGGAGUGGCUGAUGGAAUUGCUUGCUGUCUUUGCAUUGGCUGACCGCACAGCAGCACUGCUCCGUGUAUUUUUAGCCAUUGAUGCAAUUCAUAUUGCGGUGCGAGCGAGGCGACUCGGUCCACAGUCCCAGUAGGCUACACGGGAGUUACAGGGGGUACCUGCAAGUGCAGUGCUCGGGGUUUGCGACAUAGACCGAAGGAGAUUGGGGGAGACUGGCUACACAGCAAGUCAAGUAAAAAUAAAUAAACGGCAUUAUCGGCUUUUCACGGUCAGGUGCUGAGGCUGUAGCCUGAGGAUUUUCCAAUAGCCUACAGUUGUAGAUUUAUUGUUGGUCUAUUUUAACUGAGCAGCUUUGCAAAUGGCAAGUCCCGCUGCAGAUAGAGGACAACCACACCAGCGACAUCCCCUCUCCGAAUCGGCCUCGGAGCCCGCGUUUCUAGAAGCGCAGAAAUGGAUUGAGGCGGUCACAGGCAGAUGCUUCAAUGACAAGGACUUCAGGGGAGGCCUGGAGAAUGGGAUCCUGCUGUGCGAGUUGCUGAGCUCCAUCAAACCUGGCUUGGUGAAGAAGAUCAACAGAUUACCCACUCCCAUCGCUGGCCUGGACAACCUGAGUGUGUUCCUGCGUGGCUGUGAGGAGCUGGGACUGAAGGGCUCUCAGCUGUUUGACACUGGGGACCUGCAGGACAUCUCCACACGCCCCAACGCCAGCAGGGUUGCCGACUGCAGUAGGAAACUCAAGAAUGUUCUGAUUACCAUAUACUGGCUGGGCCGGGCUGCCAACAGCUGCACCUCCUACAACGGGCCCACACUGGACCUGAAGGAGUUUGAAGGCCUGCUAUCACAGAUGCGAAAGGAGGCGGAGGACACGGAGAGCCCCCAACGCAGCAUACGGGACAGCGGCUACAUCGACUGCUGGGACUCGGAGCGUAGCGACUCACUCUCCCCGCCUCGCCACGGCCGAGAGGACUCCUUCGACAGCCUGGACUCAUUCGGCUCACGCUCCAGACAGACGCCCUCGCCGGACGUACUGGUCGCCCGCGGCAUCGGCAGUGAUGGCCGUGGCAGCGACUCCGAGUCCGACGCCGGACCCCACGGAGGCAGGAAGCUGCCGGACGUGCGCAAGGAUGACAUGCUGGCUCGGCGGACCUCGGUGAGCGAGCCCCGCGUGAUGGUGCCCUUCAAUCAGUACCUGCCCAACAAGAGCAAUGCCAGUGGCUACGUGCCCACACCGCUGCGCAAGAAAAGGGGUGACCACGAGGGCCGGGAGGAGAGCAGUGGAGGGGGUGGGGGCAACCGCAAGAGCUGGAGUACCGCCACCUCGCCCAUAGGAGGCGAUAUUCCCUUCAGAUUCAGUCACAAAGCUGCUAGUGUAUCAGAUGACCCAGAGAGUGUGAGUAUGAUUGACAUGCGUUGUGAGGAGGACGCCAUCUUGCCACACCACAGCCAGGUGCGCCACGAGCUCAUGCACAACCAGUACAACAUGAUGAAGGAGGAAGAGGACCACUGGCAGGACGACCUAGCCCGGUGGAAGAGUCGCAGGAGAAGCGUCUCCCAGGACCUGAUUAAGAAGGAGGAAGAGAGGAAGAUGAUGGAGAAGCUAAUGACGGGUGAGGGAGGGGCCAUCUCUCAGAGGAGGAAGAGCAUCAAAACCUACCGGGAGAUUGUUGAGGAGAAGGAGCGUCGUGAGAACGACCUCCGCGAGGCCUACCGGUUGGCCCGUAACCCUGAGGAGGCGGCGUUGGUCCUCCACCGCUACGCCCAGCGCUUCACCAUCAGUGAAGCGGUGCUGGAGCGCCUGCAACUGCCCAAACUGCUGGACAGGAGCAUCUCUGAGGAUCCCACCGCUACCACCAACACACGUCUCACCCUCACCCCCACUUCCUGUUCUCCCACCCCCACCUUCCCGGAAGAAGAUACAAAUGGCCCCCUGAAGUACCUGAGGCAGCAGUCGCUUCCGGCACCCAAGUUUACUGCUACUGUUGAGGCCCAGGUGGUGGGGUUCCCCCAGGGUCUGUCUCAUCGCCCCCAGAUUCGGUCGCGCAAGCCUGAACCAAACCCCUCUAUCCGGGCCGUCUCACCCAAGUCUGUGCCUUUGCUGAUACCCAAGCCUUACAAUCAACCCAAGGGCAUGCAGAUGCUGGUGGGACCCAGACCAGGCAAGGUGGACGGCUUGCUGCGAGUGAACGGCGACAUGGGAAACGAGGAGGUCACCACUCCAGAGAGCGAGGGAAGGACCUCCCCUCUACGGUUCUACCCCUCCCCUGCCACACCUACAGCCUCCUCUGAUGGUUCCGACACACACCCAUGUGAGGCCACUCCCCCACCCACACAUAGCCCCUCCCCCAGGGCAAGCCCAUUACCAGCUGUGGCACAGUGUGGCACAGGCACCGCAGUGACAUCUUUUUCAGUGCCAGCAGAAAGUGAUGCCCAGGAGAAGGGUAAUGCACAGGAGUCUACCCCGCCUAGCCGGCCCACCUCACUGCCCUCGGAGCUGCAGAGCACAGAGUGUCUUGUGGAGGCGGGAGGCAGGUCUGCUGCAGGCCCACUGGGGGAGGAGCCCAACACAACAGAGACUGCAGUACAUCCCUCUCCAGCUACAGAGUCACAACAAGCUCCCAAAGAACAAACAGAAGUGUGUAUGAAUGCCACAGCGACUAGACAGAACGCCACUGUCCUCCGUCCAGUCCUAUCAGAGCACGCCACACAACAAGCUCAACCAAUGACCGCACCGGUCAGUGAGCCCAGCCUGGAGUCAUCUCAGAGAGCAGAUGAAGUUGCUACAUUGGCUGAUCCAGGACCUGUCAGAAACAAACCACCAUGUGAAGCUCCCACAACAGAGGGGGCAGAGCAGGAGCGUGGUACAGCAGCGGUCACUCAGGUGUCAUCCCCGGUAGUAGCCCAGGCUAAGCGGGGUGACCGCUGGUCUUGGGACCCAAAUGAGGAGCGAAAGCGUCAGGAAAGGUGGCAGCAAGAGCAGGAGCGCAUGCUUCAGGAGAAGUACCAGCAUGAGCAGGAGAAGCUGAAACAGGAGUGGGAGAGAGCGCAAAGAGAGGUGGAAGACGAGGAGAGGAGAUACCAUGAGGAGGAGCGAAGGAUACUAGAGGAGACUGUGGCCCCUCUGACCCCCCUCUCCUCCACCCUGCCCUCGCCCAUCCGAGGGGACACCCCCGGGCCCAUGGACCCCCAGGACACCAUCGUCCGGUCGCUGGCCGACUGGGAACGCAAGCAGGAGCUGCUGGAGAGGCAGGGGGGGAACACAGAGAGAGUGGUAUGGAAAGGACAAGAUAACGACAGGAGUAGUGACAUCAGCACAGCGUCCAGAGAUGAUAGUCUGAAAACAGCAGUCAGCUCAAUCAGCCAGAACAUCAGUCAGGCAGACAAGCUGACGCCGAGUUUGCAGAAUGGUCAGAGAGCACCACCCACCAUGGCCGUUCCCCAGCCCCCCAACAAGAAACAAAAUACAGAGGUCUUACUAGACUGCACCAAACCCAGCCAGCAGGCGCCCUCUCGGGACAGGAGGUGUGGCUCCAUUGAAUCCAUGGGGCGCAGUCCAUCAAACUCACCCACCACAUGCCCAUCCGACAUGCCUCAAUCUCCAAACAGGUCGGUGAGCGGUAAGAAGCUGUGCUCCAGUUGCGGUCACCCUUUGGGAAAAGGGGCGGCCAUGAUUAUUGAGACCCUCAGCCUUUACUUCCACAUCCAGUGCUUUAAGUGUGGGGUCUGUAAGGGACAGCUGGGUGACACCACCACGGGGACAGACGUGAGGAUCCGGAACGGCCUCCUCAACUGCCACCAGUGCUACAUCCGCUCCCGUUCAGCCGGCCAGCCAACCACAUUGUGACAACGUUGGGUCAAUGGAAAGCACACAGAGAAAUUGUCUCCCUUCUUCCUGCUUCUCCAUAUAAUCAACAUGUGUGGAAUGUGUCUUGUCUGUCAAUGCCUAUGUGGGGAUUUUCGCAAUGUCUGCAAUUCACAUCCUAUCGGGUUUAUUGAAAUGGUCCAAAUAAUGCCUGACAUUGGAAAGUUGUGUGUGCAUAGAAUAUUAGUCCGACUGAUCAUAGUCGGCCUAUUGAUUCUAUUGGCUCUGUAUGAUCACAGCUCAGAGGUUCUCACUUCCUCGUUUCCAUAUGCACCCACAAGCCCUCGAGGAUGGUGGACAUUUUGAAUCUGAGCUCUGAUACUGUAAAUAUGGUGUAUACAGUAUAACAGCCUCCAUCACUUCAAAACCGUAUAGGAAACUCAUGAAAACACUAAUGCAAUGAAAUCCAACCAACAAAUUUGACACUUAGACAAAAUAUUUGUUUGUAAAGUAUACCCUUUAUUUGAAUUGAAUUAUUCUCUGGUAUCCAGGUUGUUAGAUAGGCCUUAUUAGUCUUUAGUUUGUAACUUAAGCUUCUAAUUUGGUUGCUAGAGAAGGUUGUCAUGAUUUAAAAUGAAAGUUUCAAGUAAUAGAAGUGUAUUCCAUUUUGCCGACUUGAGAUCUGUAGGAGUUUUUUCUCGAUGGUCAACUAAAGGCUUAGAAAAGCCUGCUUUGUUCCUCCCGAUUUUCACUUAAACCACAAUUAACCCAAACUCUGGUUUAAAUUCUGAAAGUUAAAUCAUUUAGCUGCCUAUCUUCUUUCCAGGCAGCUCCAACACUGUCUUAUCUUUUAUUUCUUCCCUAUUGCUUUAGUAGCCUACUGGAUAAUUAAAAAAAAUACUGUGCUGUCACUAGGCUAUAGGCCUACAUUACAGUAACUUCGCACGUCGGCCUGACAACGUUAUCCUUUUCUCUCUUUCUUUGCUCAAAACAGAUGUCCGCUCACAAAGUUAGAUGUACUUGAUUUUAGAGCAAUAACGCGAACUGAUGCAUGUAAACUGAUUGUGGAGGUAAACAACCGUCAUUAUGGAUUCAUGCUACUGUACUAAACCAUUCCGUUAACUCUUAACUGGUUCUCUUUAGGAAUUUCACGCUUGGAAUGUCAUGAAACGUGCCUUAGGUAAACAGGUGAUUGCACACUCAAGGGAAGGGAACCCAAAGAUGGUGUCCACUUAAAGGAAAGCUCCACCCAAAAACUAUCUUUUGGUAUUUAUUUCAUUAGUCCAUUGCUGAUAUAGUCUCAACUUGAUUGUUGACAAGCAAAACAUUAUCAAGAUAUCACUUAAAAUACAGAAAUCAGCCAUAUUCAUCAUAUAGGGGUGAUUUCUGUAUUUUGUAUGUUACAUGUCUUUAAAAACUUAUUUGCUAACAAGCAAAACAUUUUGAGACUAUAUCAACAAUAGACUAAUGAAACAAAUGCCAAAUUAUCGUUUUUGGAUGGAGUUUUCCUUUAAGUGUGAUUGGGUAGGAUGGGAGGUUUUUGUCCAAAAUGCAGGAGAAACUGCACGAGAGCUUAAAAUCACCCCACCAAUUUGUUUUGUUGAUAUUCCCCUUUAUUUUUUACUCAUGUCACAGUCUACCAAACCUUGUUUUCUCAUGAUUUCAUGAUUUGCAGUGAGUCUUUCCAGUUUCAAAACGGAAUCUAAAAUGUAUCUAGGAUAUAUGGUUGACAUAUUUAAUAGCAGCCUUUCCCAACAAAAAAUAGGAUGACAUUGAUUUUUUUUAAAUUGUGUAUCCGAAUGUUUUGACAUUAUUAUAAUGACUCUAUAUAGGCCUCUCUAUGCCCUGUUGACAGUGAUGACGAUUUUGGUAAUUGCUCAGCAAUAGAAACCCAUUUUCAACAACAAAAAUAUAAAUUAAGCAUACUUGUUGCGUUGUGAAAUUAUGGCUAAAAUGUUCUUACCAGCAGGUGCACUUGAUUAACAUUUGGCUGCUAAAGACUAGGGCCAGCAGUUCGAACGUCAAUUGUGAAAUUAUAGGCUACUAUGGAGCAAUUUCAGUGCCAACAGAAAUUGUAUUUGAAUUUCAUAAUUUCGAAUUUGUAUUAGGAUUUUGAAUUUGAUUGUAAUACUUUUGAAUUUGUAAUCGUUGAAUUCAGCUUUAGCUAAGUGGGCUAACACAGUCUUGUGACAUGUAGGAGACCUUGUUCAAACCCACUCAGUCACAAGAGCAAGAUUUAAUAGGGAGUGGAAAGGCUAUCCUUAGAAGGGCUAUGACUGGACUAUUCAACUAUAUUCUUAUGGGGGCCAAAAUGCGUUUUUUUGUGACACUCUUCUAACUCCGUUUGUUUUCAUCAUAGAAGGGAACAGAAGGCUCCAGAGAGUCUUAGCUUUCAGGAAUGGGGUCAUAAUAGCUCAUAGCCAAGACGGUUAAAAUGUUAGAGCUAAAUUCAUAGGAAGAAAAUAAAUUCAACAUGCCGCAUUGGCUUCAGAAACUGCGUGAAUUUUAUGUUUACCAGAGUGAGCAUUUAAUUAUCUGUUCUCCUCUACCUUCCUGGUUGGCAAAGUACCAGGAUGUUGUCUCAGGUUUUGAAUCUGAAUUUAGAGAGCUGAAGCUGAAUAUAUGAAACUUUGAUUAACUUGAAAUGAUGGUUUGUAAACUUGAUUCACAGAAAAUGAAUGCAAUACUUACCAUAAGUUCAAUUUAUGAAUUCAGUGAUUCAAUUCAUGCAUUACAAAUAAAAUGUUUGUUGGGACUGAAAUCGCUCCAUUGGUCCAGUGGUGGAUAUAAUGUAUGUUCAAAUGCUAUCUUGAAAUAAAUCAAUAGCCUACUCUGUCAGACAUAUGAUCCAUUCUCAACUUGUAGCUUACAACUUUCCCUGUCUCGUCUGGGUUUAUUUUUCUGAUAUAGUCCUACCAUAUUUUUAGGCAUCAGAUCUGAUUGUCUUUUUACUUUUACUUAAGAAAUUAAUACAUCUCAGCUGAUACUCUGCAGGGGGGCAUCUUUGUGUCAGAAAUAUCGAUACCUGUCUUAGCUGGAUGAAUAGUUUGGGAAUGAUACUUUACGUCUAAGUUCUGUAUUUAUUGUAAUAUUCACCUGAACAUUACCCGAAGAAAGAUAAAUGUGAUGUUCAAAUGCAUUGGCUUUAUAGCAUACUGUAUGUUUAUAAAUAAAAUGUAACAAAUGAAUGAA